CGAGAGGGAGAGCGCGAGCUGUCUACGGUAAUGUGCCAUACGCCCUCUCCGCCCCUGCUGCUCGAGAGACAGGUGGUCGGGACACAUGCCUUCAUCCUCGAGCGCUCCCCGGUUAAAAUAAGAAAACAAAUCGGUUGACAGACAGCGGUGGGACUGCUGGCGUGAGGCAAGCGCGUCCCCGAUGGAAUUGGAGCCGGUGACCUCCGCGCAGCGAGCACUGGGCAGAGGAGAGAGAGGGGAAAGCAAGUUGGCGAGAGAACCUCACCGAUUUACGUUUCUCAUCAUGACUAUUGCGCUGGCUGCUUUUCCGCCGCAGCGGAGGGGAUUGUUAUUCACUUACAGAAGGAAGAAACACACACACCUCUGAGGCAAACCGGAGAGAGAGAGCAUUACCGGGAAUUUCCUUUUGUUCCAUUAUUCAUUUGGAUCCUAAUAGCUGGUGGAAGUUGUCUCGUGGGGAUUAUGAUGGCUUCGGGUGCUGGUAAAGCCCCGCAGCCCCCAGGGCCAGGCUCCGGUAGCCUUAACGGGACUGCAGCAGACUUACCGAACAUAGAGCAGGAGCUGUAUGACUAUCAGAUGCAUGGCAAGAUGUGCAAGAAGAUAGCUCAGCUAACCAAGGUGAUCUAUUCUCUGAACACUAAGAACGAAGAGCAGGAGGCGGCCCUUCAGGCCGUCAGCCACGCCCACCAGGAAGAGCUGAGGCGGGUAACCACGGGGACGUGUACCGAGGGGGAGGAGUCGGUAGUGCUUAGGACACGCCUCUCGGAGCUGCAGGAAACUCUAGCUCAGGUUCAGGUAGACUUUGAGAGCUACCGUGUCCAGGCAGAGGAGAGGGAUCGUGGGGUAGAGGCAGAGCUAAGGAGGGACUAUGAGGAAAAGCUCCAGGUUCUGGGGUUGGAGAGACAGGAGACCCAGGCCCAACUCAACACGGCCCACGACGAGAGUCUUCGACUGGGGAGAGAGCUGGAGACGGCUGGGGAGGCUGCGCAGUGCCUGGAGGUUCAAUGUGAUGAACUACGGAGGAAAGGAGAAGAGCGAGGGAAAGGGAAGGAGGAGGAGAUGGAGAGAAUGCGACUCCUCUCGGAGGAGGUGAAGACUCUGAGGAAAGGGAAGGAGCGAGCAGAGGAAGAGAGGGAGAGAGAGGUGACAGAGGAGAAGGAGGAGUUGAAGAGGAGCAUGGAGGAGGAGUUGAAGAGGAGCAUGGAGGAGGCGCGCAGGGAGGAGAGACGGCAGUGGGAGGAGAGAGAGGAGGAGGAGAAGAGAGGGAUGAGUACAGUACUGAGAGAGAGAGUGAGGAAGGCGGAGGGAGAGAUGGAGGGCAGUCUGCAGCGACUCAACGAGAGCAAGAGACACGCUGCCAAACUACAGGACAGAAUACAGGACCUGGAGGAGGAGUUGGAGUCGGGGAGGAGGCGUGUCUCGGGGGCAGAGGGUGGGGCUAAGAGGGCAUGGGAGGAGUUAGUCGUGGCCAAAGAGAGACUACUGCUGCAGGAGGAGGAGCUGCAGAGCAAAUCAGAGGAGCUGCUGAGUCGUGGUGUGUGUGAGGGGUGUGUGUGUGUGAACGUGGAGGAGUUGAAAGGUCAGGUGAACAAACUGCAGAGCAGGAACAGAGAGCUGGAGUUGCAGAGCAGUGGGAGAAACAACGACUACGCCAGACAGCAUGCGGAGGCCCUGGCUAGUCUGCGUUCUGAGAUGGUGAGGGCUCAGUCAGAGGAGCUCCGGAGAGAACGGAAACACGCAGAAGUGGAAAAGGGACAAAUGCAAAAAGAGAUGGAGGAAGAGAAAGACAGACUGCUGAAAGAGAGAGAAGAAGAGAGAGACAGACUGCAGAAAGAGGGAGAAGAACUGCAGAAAGAGAGAGAAGAAGAGAGAGAACGCCUGCAGAAAGAAAGAGAAGAAGAGAGAGAACGCCUGCAGAAAGAGAUAGAAGAGGUGAAAGGAAGAGUGACAACACAGAUGGAAGGAAACACGGAGCUCGUGGAGGAGCAGAGAGAGAGUCUGAACCAGGAGAAGAAGAGAUUGAAGGAGCAGGCGGACGAGGAAAGGAGGAGAUUGAAGGAGCAAGUGAAGAAGGCGAUAGAAGAGGUGAUGAGGAAACAUGCAGCUGAGCUCCACAACGCCCAGGAAGCACUGAGGACAAACCAAGAGGUGUGUGUACGUGUGCAGGAGGACAGGAGGAGUGGUGAAGAGGUGUGUCGAAGGCUGGAGACUGAGAGGGAGGAGCUUAGAGACCAGCUGCAGCAAGCAACCAAUCAGAUCUGGCGUUUGGAAGGAGUCAUUCAGCAGCAAAGUCAGGGGGGUGUGGCCUCUGAAACUCCUCCCACCUGCGGAAUCCACUGUUCCCACCUCCGAGAGGAUCUACAGCACAUACAGGAAGAGAUGGAUCGACAGAGAGAGAGUUACCAGAGGGAGAUGACAGGUCUGAGAACAGACAAACAGAGACUGGAGGAGAAGGUUCUAGAGCUCAACCAACAGACCCAAGAGAACACAGACAGAAACGUUCUAGAACACAACCAAGAGAACACAGACAGAAACGUUCUAGAACACAACCAAGAGAACACUGACAGAAACGUUCCAGAACACAACCAAGAGAACACUGAAAGAAACGUUCCAGAACACAACCAAGAGAACACUGACGAGAGAAUCCGGUCAGAGUGUGAGGAGCGCCUGAGGGCGGAGCUUAAGGCGGAGCUUGAUGCGGCUGUUGCCACGAGCAACCAGAGAGAGCAGGAGCUGCAGACUCAACUAGCCGAUCUCCAAUCACAGGUGGAGAGGAAGGCGGGGCCAAUAGAGGGUGACCAUGACGACAGUGAGAUUGACAGGCUGCGGAGGGAGGUGCAGGAGACCAGAGACAUGAACCAGAGACUGAGAGAGCAGCUGAAGGAGGAACCACAGAGACACACGGCGGCGUUGCAGGCUCUGGAGAGACGAGCUCAGGAGGAACUGCAGACCGAGAGGAACAGACUACACACACUACACCUGUUACAGCUAGAUAAGCAGGGUACAGAGCUGAGCCAGCAGUACACAGAGUGGAGUAGACAGUUGACCCAGAGACACAUGAAACACAUUGAAGACCUGCAGACGGAACUACACACACACACAGAGAUGAUGGCCCUGCAACAGGACUUGAAGCAGCAGAAUCAGUACCAGGUGUUUGAGCGUCAGCUGGAUGAGAGUCGCUGUGCUGUUCUGGAACUACAGAGGGAAAACACUGUACUGAGGUCGGGAGAGGAGGCGAUGGGAAGAGAAAGAGAGCAGAAGGAGAGAGAGGAGGAAGCCCAACGACUGAGAGUGGAGGUGGACAGACUGAGAGAAGAGGUGGAGAAACUGGAAGAGGCUCAGAAACAACGGGAGGAACAGAGAGAAGAAGAGAUGAGAGAAGAGGAGGCGCGAAGAGAGAUGGAGGAGAAGAGGAGGGAUGAGGAGAAGAGGACGGAGGAGGAGAACAGGAUGGACGAGGAGAAGAGAAGGAAGGCGGAGGAGGAGGAGAAGAGGAGGAAGGAGGAGGAGGAGGAGGAGAGGAGAGAGGAAGUGAAGAGAGAGCACAGGAGAGCGAUGCAGAGUCUGGUGUGUGAAUACAGCAGCUGUCAGGCAGAGCUACAGACUCGCAUAGUGGCCCUGGAGACAGAGUUGCGGGAGCGUGAGGAGAGGUGCAGGAGGAGGGAGGUUCCUCUCUGUGAUGAUCUCCAGAUGGGGAGACUACAGGAGAGACUCACUGAGAGGAACCAGCUCAUCAAACGCCUGGUGGAGGAACGACAUCAGCUGCAGCUUCAUCCUCCGGUUGCCGGGGACAACGGAACCCUCAGGCUCCAUGACAACAGGCCACACCCCGGGAUCGUUACACCAACUAUGAGGAGGAAGCGUGUGGAGGAGUCUCCGCCCCGCGUCACCAGCGUUCCAAACCUCAGCGCCUAUGAGAGGAGCGUCCUCCUCCCCCACGACACCCCCUCCCCCUGCCUCCCCCAACAUCCCUCCCCCUCCUCCUCUCUCCCCCGUUCCUCCCUCCCCCGUACUCCCAGGUCUCCCAGUUUGGAUCCCAGCGGUCGCGGCCCUCUCUCUCGUACCCCCACUCCUCUCCCCCCUGCUCCCACCACCCCCCUCCCCCUCUGUCCAUCCUCCCUCCCCGAGCCUCGACACGGGAUUCGACACGUCACCUCACCCUCGCAGGAGCUCCGCCCACACCUGAACAGCCAGUCAACCAGGAGCCCAUAUUUGGAGCAGAGGGGGAGUGGCCAGGGGGCAGAGGGGCGGGACCCUCAGAGGCAGGAUUGGUACACAAAGUACUUCUCCUUCUGAACACACACCCCACACCACACACAGGUGACCUCUACACACCCGUACAACACACUCAGCUUUAAACAAACACCUGACAGACCAAAACUAUGUUCAAUGCAAAUGUUAUAAAAUUAUAAUCUAUAAUGUGGAAUAAAAUAUUUUAUUGAUAUCU